AUCAACGGAGAGAAGGAGAUAGACGUAGCCAUCGAGCAGCUGGGCUUGGCCGAGCGGAUCUGCGAAGAGUUGGUUGGAAUAUGAGGACUCCAGACGAUGGCGGGACGUUCUGGAGUUCUCUGGUGGUGUAUGCUUUGCGCCUUUGCUUGCUGCGGAAGGAGGACUUCAGCCUCGGAAUUGACAAUUUUCGUCGAGAAUCCCGGUGGUGAGAUUCUCUGCGAGAAUGUUACAACGUUUGGCCAAAACAUAGUGAUAUCAUUCGAAAGACGUGAUGCUUCAGAAGUGACUGUUUGGUACGACUACGCGAACAGUGUUCAAAUUGUGAAAUUCCUAGUCUCCGGUGAGGAAGAGUUGAAUCAGCCAGGAGUUACGCGCACAGUUUGCUACGCUGUGUAUUUCGACAGAGACUCUAUGGUUCCUGUCAACGCAAUGUAUAAACUAAGACAACGUAAUGCUCAUGCCGUGAGAACUGCUGAGAUGGACAAAGGUCGUGAAGAGAUGUAUUUUGACACGAAACUCGCCGCCGGAAGCGCUCGGGAACUCUCAGCUCAUCUGGCUGAGCUCUGUGUGAGCACGAACGUGGUUCACACCCGCCAAAAAGAUUUGCAGUCCUGGAUGAAUAUUUUCGGCGAUAGUAGAAUCGCUCGAUUGCAAACGACAAAAGUUCUGCUGAACCCGAUGCAGCAAGUCCUCUGCUCAAGCAAUCCGGCUCCCUGGGCACCCUGCAGCUGUCGGCUAACCUCCUGCGUCCUCUGGUAUCCGUGCGCACUUCGUUUCUGCGAAAAUAACGGCGUCUGCGGCAUCAGAACCUGCAGCAAAUGCUACGAUAUGUUUCACACUGAAGACAGCGCACUACGUUGCAUCGAGUAG